GGAUAGCGUGCGCAUGCGCCCGACUAAUUCAAGUGCGCAGCGACCGCAGACCAACGUUACUUCGAAGAAGACAUCCUCGCUUGGUAACAAAACGUCUCCGAUAUGAAGACAGUCCCAAUCCUGGUAGCUGCCUUAGCUUCGGCAGCUUUUGCUCUGGAUCUGGAGACCGUUCAGAGGAAUUCCAAUAGACAUCGUGAUUUCACCUUGCCAACCAUGGAGAAGAGGAGGGUAGAAACCAAGCCCUCCGAUCAACUACAUAUGUACAAUGAUUACAUGAGCGAUUCACUCCGCUCCUCGGACGCGCAGCAGUACUACCGGCGCGUGCAAGAGUUAUUAGCGAAUAUCAUCUCCCAGAAGAGCAGAGGCGACCCUAAUUCGCUCGAGAACCUCCGUCAGCGCGAGAUUGUAUUGCGCCGCUUGACUGACAUCAGACCACCCUACGACCAAGACGACUUUCCAGCGUACAGCCAAGUACCGCAGGAAGAUACGCUCAGGUGGGCGUCUCCAUUGCCCGAGAUGAUCCGACCAGCGCCGUCAGAGAAUCACCGGGCCGCAUACCGGAGCCAUAAGCAAUUUCCUUACUCUACAAGGGCACCGCAAGAAGAGAUGAUCAAGAAACGAUCCAUCGACAACAGCUUCGAAAGUCAGGCGAGAGGAGUCAAUAAUCUCCUGAGGAAAAAGAAGCGAAGCGAAGUCAAUGACAGAGUUUCCGAUCACGCGAAUGCAACCAGCGGGAACAAGAAAAUGUCCCCUGACCAGUUCAAACAAUGGCUGACGGAUGAAUACUACCGGAACAUGGCUAUGAGCUUCGCAACCAUGCGCAAAAAACGCAGCAUCCUUGAACCAGCGCCCGUCAUGGUGGCACCUCCGAAUCGGGAUGAGGAGCUCGCAUACGAGAAGCUCCGAAUCAUAGAAGAAGGCCUCCUUCAGGACGCACUCCACGCUAUGGUCAAGAGCGUUCCUGACCGACAUGGUGCGAACGAACGGCCACAAUUCCCGAGAGAAGUGAACGUGGCUCAGGACAUUGAAACUCUGAAGAAGAUCCUCCAAAGUCUCGUGGCGGACACCCAGAAGCUCAGAGCCGUGAAUGAGGCCGAAAUAAGAGCUGCGCUGAAGAACGGCGUUGGAGACAUAGACCCUGAUCGAGACGGAGAGCCCUCGCAGUGUCCUGAGUUGCGACUGCUCAUGAAUGGAUGCUCGGCUCUGCGCGGAAUGUUCCCGCCGGAUCCCAUCCGGGAAAAGUUCGUGGCGUCAUGCAACUGGCAUGAAGUCUGUUACUCAUGCGGGGCCAAGCUUGGAAUUUCUGCGGAACAGUGCGAUGAAUCAUUCUUGCUAGAUAUGAAAUUCAUUUGUGCACAACUCGGAUCCUGCAACCCGGACCUGACCAGUUUACUGCUGAGGCCGCUGCAUAAGAAGCGCGUCUUCAUGAAGCAGAAUAUCCCACCGAUUUGCGCAAGAGCGUGCGUGGUCAACUUCCUCUCUCAAUGAACUAGACGAGCUCACUCCUCUCUGCACGCCCCAUUACAGCUUACGAUGUGACAUCAUCCGACGCUGGGAGCGCGUACCAAGGCAUCGUGUCGUCGGUUUGGCUAUGCGUCAGUCGAUCGAUGCGAAACUGGGGAAGGGCAGCGAGGGGCUGUGUUCAAACCGCGCGAAUCAUCUCCCGAACCGACAUGUCUUUCGAGGAGUUCUCUCGGGGUCCUCAUAGUUAUAGGUACUAAUCUUGACAGUAUGUGUACACAGCCUACUCUUGCGAUCGACGUCGCGGUGCAGUUGCAAUGUCUCCUAUCAAUAAUGAGAUCUGUUGUGGGAAUGACCUAGAGCCAGGCGAGUCUUCGUGGCUCGGGGAGACAGCUCCCGUUGAACACCGAUCCAGCUCACUAUAUUCUCGAAUUAUCAAGGCAAAAAAACGCUUCGGCUCGAUAUACAAAUACUCAAACGUGGGCUGUCUUUUUUCCCUCGACGAUUGUGGCUGCAGCCUCCGCUUGUUUCGCUAAUGCUUUCGAAGUCCUAUUUAAUUCACUGUCUACCCAUGAUUGUAUUCAGUAGCGAAAUCCAAUGCGCUCAUUCCUGGCUGCUCGCUUGUGGCGAUCUUACCCUCGUGAAGCAUUCAAAAACAGCGGGAAUGAGUGGAGGGGAUCCGGGGAAAAAAAGACAAAUGCUGUGCUAGUAUCCGUGACCCAUGGCAGGAGGGGUGGGCCGGAGGGUCUAACCGGACGACACACCGCUAGAGGUAAUCGGAGGUCGCGGCGUAUGUCCGCUCCUAUCUGAAGAAGGAAUCUCGCGUCACGGAUCAUCUUCAAAGCAGGAGAGGAAUUCUGUCGAGAGAAAGAUGUGAAAAGAGAGCUGCAUCAGCGAUACGGAGAGUUUAGCGCUGUUAUUACGAACAUUAUCAUAUCUAUCAGCUCCGUCUUCGUCUCAAUUGUUUACUCGAAGGGAGCGCUCAUUUCAGCCGCUCGAAGUCCGCUCAGAGGCGUAUUGUUCGCUCCCCGACAGCUCCUAGUGUCAAUCUGAAACGCGUGAGAAGCGAGAAGAUGCGUUGACUCCUCGGAAUAUCCAUAGUUCAGUAUAUGUGCCCCUACAAGAUACCCGAUGAAGAUUCCGAGUUUCUUCGGAAGUUCUUUUUCGACGCUGAAUCACUUUCUCGUCCUGUGGUUAUAGCGAGGUCGGAUGCAGUCUUGUUGACGCUCUGAUCACACAAGAUUUGAGCAAUUCACCGGAAUAAAUUCGCGUUU